CGGCGCACUGCAUGCUCAGCUCGGUCUCGGCUGCUGCAAUGGCCGGCGGUAGCGCAGCCGCGAGCUCCGCGGUCGUCCUGCUGCUGCUGCUGCUCCUGGGCUGGGGCGGCGCGGCGGCGGCGCAGGUGGUGUUCCCGCCGUGGAACGGCACGUUCCCGAUGGGGCCGAACGGCGGAGGGAGCGGCGGGGGAGGUGGCGGCGGCGGCGCGGCGACGGUGCCGGCGAUGUUCGUGUUCGGGGACUCGCUGACGGACAACGGCAACAACAACGACAUGACGUCGCUGGCCAAGGCCAACUACCUGCCCUACGGCAUCGACUUCGCCGGCGGUCCCACCGGCCGCUUCUCCAACGGCUACACCAUGGUCGACGAGAUAGCUGAGCUGCUUGGGCUGCCGCUCCUGCCUUCGCACAACGACGCCACCGGCGACGCCGCGCUCCACGGCGUGAACUACGCAUCCGCCGCGGCCGGGAUCCUGGACAACACCGGCCAGAACUUCGUUGGGCGCACCCCGUUCAACGGGCAGAUCAAGAACUUCGAGGCGACGCUGGACCAGGUCCGCCGGCGGCUGGGCGCCGGCGAGCUGGCACGCAGCAUCUUCUACGUGGGCAUGGGCAGCAACGACUACCUCAACAACUACCUCAUGCCCAACUACAACACCCGCAACGAGUACAACGGCGACCAGUACUCCACGCUCCUCGUGCAGCAGUACACCAAGCAGCUCACCAGGCUGUACAACCUGGGGGCGCGGCGGUUCGUGAUCGCCGGCGUGGGGUCGAUGGCGUGCAUCCCCAACAUGCGGGCGCGCAACCCGGCCAACAUGUGCUCGCCGGACGUCGACGACCUCAUCGUCCCCUUCAACAGCAAGGUGAGGUCCAUGGUGAACACGCUCAACGUCAACCUGCCCCGCGCCAGGUUCAUCUUCGUCGACACCUACGCCAUGAUCUCCGAGGUCCUCCGCAACCCGUGGUCCUACGGGUUCAGCGUGGUGGACAGGGGGUGCUGCGGGAUCGGGAGGAACAGGGGGAUGAUCACGUGCCUGCCGUUCCAGCGGCCGUGCCUGGACAGGAACGCCUACAUCUUCUGGGACGCCUUCCACCCGACGGAGCGGGUGAACGUGCUGCUCGGCAGGGCGGCCUACUCCGGCGGCGCCGACCUCGUCCACCCCAUCAACAUCCAGCAGCUUGCCGCCUGGCAGCCGUAGGCCGCCGUACCACUCGCCCAGACCGGAUGAAUCGAGCUCUGAACUCUUCAUCAUUCUGUUCGUACGUGGUUUUAAUUUGGUUUUGCAUCGAUCGAUCGAUCUGGUGCAUGGUUGGUUGAUCCAUGGUGAUGCAUGCAUGAGUACUAUAUAGGUUGUUGUAGUAGUAGCUACUAGCCAGAGUGUGUUUGUGUGUGUGUUCAGUUUGGAUCAUAUCAGGGCAAGUGCUGCUUUGUGGUUUGUACUACGAUAUAUUACUGUCUGGGCUUAUGCUGAUGCUGUGUCUUGGUAGUGAUAAAUUACGCCGCCGGUCUGAUCGAUCGAUCGCGUUGCUCUAAUUACACUUGGAUAUUAUCAAAAUUAAGUUUUCA